GCACUGCAAGUUGAUGGAGCGCAGGGCGGCUGCGCGACGGGCGCCAGCGGCGGUGCUGUUGAAAGCGCCAAAGCUGGUGCUGUGGGGGUCGAGUGUUCAGCGGCGGUAUCGGUGCGUGGCAUUGGAUUGACUACGAACACCGUUACUGAACAAGCUGAACCGGAGCAAUUGUUGGAUGCUGCAAUAUUGCCAGCUACACCCCCUACAUCCAGCGAUGAUGAUGAUGAUGAUGAUGGCGAGUCGGAGCUUAAGCCCGAGUCGCAGCUGGAUGAGGAGGAGGAGGAGGAAGACUCCGACGCUGACAAUGCAGCUCCACGCCAAAGUGAUUUGACAUCAGUGGCCAAGUCGGAGCGUUACUUCGGCAUUGUCCAGUUAUUGGAUCAGCAACAACGCCAGUGGGUCUGUUCGGGCAGCCGUCGGCACACGCCUCUUGCCGUGGCCGAUGGCUACAAUCUGACCGCCUUUAAUCAAAUCAAUGGUGUAUGGCCACUUGGCCAUCCGCUGCCACUCCCCGACUGGGAGAGUGGCGAGACGAAGGGUGUGCUACGCUUUGACAACGUUUGGCAGUACGAGGACUUUAAUGCGAUUGUGGAAACGGCCCUCCAGCGUAUGCUGGAGGAAACGCACUACAACACAGUCAAUCUGUUCAUCGAUUUCUAUCGCAGCUUUAAACGCACGCGUCGCUCGGAUCUCCGAUCCUUUUUCCAAUUCUAUGAUGUGCCUAUCAAUAGGCGUGAUCACAUGUGUGUCUCACUGGCCUUUGAGAUCAUGGCGCGACUUGUGGAGCUCUUUCCUGUGCUUGCCCACUACCUGUAUGUAGUGUCAUGCGAGGAGCAGGUGGUGCAGCUGAGCGACUACAUCGAACUAGACGAGGAGUACGGUUUGAACUCGGCGGAUGCUGCUGUUGAGAAGGAGCAUGCCAUGGCUGCUAUGCGCAUUGCCAUUGGCGAGCGCGAAGGCGUAAUGAUUCUAGAUCCGGGGUAUCAUGUAGGUCGUGCCGUCACCGUAAUGCAUGAUCAGAGCUAUCCGCAUACAGGUUGGUUCAAUCAGUCGAAGGAGCCGCAUCUGCAGCGUGAUUACUGCUACAGUUAUAGUAGCUACAGCGAAAAGUUCGUCGAAUGGAAGGAGCGUGAGAUUCGCGGCGACGAGGCCAACUUUAAGACCUCCCUUGUCUAUGUGGCUCAGGAGUACAUGACUGCCAUUGAUGUGACAGUGCGUCGAAAUCUUGUUUACAACUUCCGUUCUCUAUUGUCACGCGAUGCCAAGGGACGCGUUUACGCAGGAAUAUACUUUCCUCUUGUGGCCAAUGUGCACGAAGCACAUAUGACGCUUUUUUAUGAUGGUCCGAAUGAGCAGCGCGUUAAGGCCAAACUGAUGUUUAGCGCUUUUAAAGGAGGGAAGAUGCCCGACUACGUAACCCAACAUUUUGGUAAAUUGGCGCCACAGUUAAAUAUGUCCCAGCAUGAGCUCGCUGACCUAUGCAAAACGCUGGCUGAGGUCGUCACUGACCAAAAUUUUAUUAGCCAAGUGCUGGCUAUCAACGAUGAUAUUGGUAACAUGUCCUUGGAGAAUUGACAGUUAAAGGAGCCUAAGGACGUGGACCCGAAGAUGUCGGCAACCAAAAACAACGCUGACGCUUCCGUCACCACAACUUAGAAACUAAAAUUAUAAUUGAAUUUCUGAUAAUAUAUACAUGAACAUAGCUUAAAAAAACUUACAUUCGAAAAGAAAAUGUGGUGUCAAGUAUCCAAAAAUUUUCAAAUUAUGUAUGUAUAAUACAAUGAACCAUAUUCACACACUUGUAUCUAUAAAUUAUAUAAUUUAUACACAGCUUAA